AUGUCAAAUUUAGCAAAACUUGAUUUGAAUAUUUCGGUCAAUGUCGAAGAAACAUUUAUUGAUGGAAACAGUUUGAAAGAAAAUAUACUUAAUCAUAUGUUACAAUUAAAUGAAUUUACAUUUGAUAUUUAUUCAUCUAUGUCUAUUAAGAAUCAAAUGAACUUACCAUCGACAGAAGACAUUCAACAAACAUUUAAUCUUUUUCAAAAUACUAAAAUAAUAUCUUGUGUUGAUUAUUUCCAGGAGCCUUAUAAAUAUGGUCAAUGUCAUAUUAAUACAUAUCCAUCUCUAACGAACUAUUACGAAUAUAUAUCAAACAAUUUUCCAGGUGGUUUAUAUCCAUAUGUACGUGUUGUAUCAUUAUAUGAUGAACAACCUUUUGAACAUGAUUUUUUUAUUCGAAUUGCUCAAUCAUUUCCAUUUAUGGAAAAAUUAUCUAUCUUUAAUCGUUAUGUACAAAAUCAGAAAGAUUCUUAUAAAUUAAUGAAUGCUAAAUCGAAUUUAUCAAUUGCUAAAUAUAAUUAUCAUGUUGAACUUCAUAUAGAUCGAUCUCAUGAUUGUUAUAUUGAAGAAUUUCUAUGUGAUAUGAAAACAUAUUUUCAAAAUAAUAUUACUCUUUGA